GAGCUAUUAAUUUAAAUAUAACAAAACGGGUUUUGAGAUAUUGUUUAGAACGUACAGCAAAUUAUAUCGAUGGCUAUCGAUGUGAAAAGCACUGUCUCUAUGCCUACAAACAGCUGAAUCCAUACUGUUUAAUAAAUAUACGCAGUAAUUACAUAUCUAAUUCUUUGAUUAUGGUGCCGUAUUUCUGGUAUAAAUAUGAGCAGCAUUGUUAACUUGAAUGAUAAUUGUCUCAUCAAAAUUGUAGAGCACCUGGACCUCGAGGAUCAACUUCACCUAUUUCAGGCUACAGAGUCAAUAUCCCGGUUAUGCAAGGUUAUUUCAAGAUGUUGGCAACACCAAAGUCGACAUUCUCUGUUCCGAAGAAUUUGUGGAGAUAGCACAGAAGUCUUUCUGCAGUGCAUUAGUUCCACUGUGGUAGAGCUGACACUCGACUUUUCCAUUGAUGAUCUGUGCUUUUUCCGGAAGUAUAGUUUCCCCAUGGUCCGGGCAUUGGACUAUUCGAGGGAAGAAUCCAGUGCCGACGAUAUUGGGGCUUUGGUAAAUUGCUUUCCUUUAAUAGAGUCCCUUAAAAUAACAGAAACGUUGGAAGGAGCUUGCCUAAACCUUUCCUCGGGUCAUCACGUAGCCAAGUGGGAGUACCUAAGAAAGUUGGACAUUAUCGCAGCAUCGAGACACUGGAAAACAAAAUGCUUUCAGGAAAUAUGUUAGAAAUUGCAGCUACAGUUUUUGAGUGUGACGUGGAGGGAAUCCGAGGAAGCAGCCUAUGUAGACGCCAUAUCCAAGUUGAAGGAACUUGAGGAACUGCAUUUGGAACUGGACUACCUAAGCAAGGAAAACACAUCUAAGCUGUUGGCCCUGCC